AUGGUGUGCGUCCCGUUCUUCUUCGGGCUCCGAGAGAUCUCGGGGCUGCGGCAGUGGGCACCACCCCACAUGCGCGACGACUUCUCCCGGUUCGAGCUCGUGGCCGCCUCUAUGUGGCGCAGCAGCACAGCCGUGCUUGGCUACACAACCGACAAGGAGGUGCGCCUGUCUUUCAUCAUCAACGUUCGCGGCCAUGCCGGCACCCCUCUCCCGGAAGGCUUCUACGGGAACGCAUUCGCGUACUCCACCGCGGCGACCACCGCCGGGGAGCUCUGCGGCGGGGGCCUCGGGCACACGCUGGAGCUGGUGAAGAAGGCCAAGUCAGCAGUGACAUACGACUACCUGUUGUCGGUGGCGGACCUGAUGAGCGUGGACUUCGGGUGGGGGGAGGCCGUGUACGGCGGCCCUGCCAAGGGAGGCGAAGGACCGAUCCCCGGCGUCGCCAACUACUUCUUGUGGUCGAAGAAUGGCAAGGGGGAGGAGGGCACCCUGGUGCCCAUCUCCCUGCCCAAGAACGUCAUGGAGAGGUUCCAGCUCGAGGUGGCAGGCCUACGGCCGAGCUCUAUCGGAGCUUUACGUGACAACCCCAAAAUAAAUGUGUGUGUCAUCUAA